AUGUCGUUUCCGAAUGCUCUAAAGUUUGCCAAAGCCGCCGGCGCCAGGGUCAUAGUGACAACCUCUACUAAGGAGAAAGAAGACAGAUUGAAACAGCUCGGUGCCGACUAUGUCAUCAACUACAAAGAACAAGCCAAUUGGGGCGAAAUUGCGAAAGAGCUCACUGGAGAUCGUGGCGUUGAUCACGUUAUUGAGGUCGGUGGCCUGAAGACAAUGGCGCAGUCUCUUAAGUCGAUCCGGAUUGACGGUCUUAUUACGAUUGUUGGCUUCAUCGGCGGCGACAGCGAGGAACAGCCUUCCUUCCUUGAUGUUCUGUCCAACAUCUGUACUUUCCGUGGACUUUUGGUUGGUUCGCGCCUGCAGUUCGAGGAAAUGAACCGCGCAGUUGUGGCGAAAGAUAUUCACCCGGUUGUGGAUAAGCAGGUGUAUGAUCUGGAUCAUGUUCCGGAGGCGUUCCAGUAUAUAUGGGAGCAAAGGCAUUUUGGCAAAGUUGUCGUUUCGAUCGACUAA